UAUUAAAAGUUAGCUAAAAGUUAAUUGCUGCUUGCAUAUUUCUCGCACUCCAUUAUCUGAGUAAAAGGUAUCCAAUAGUCGCGGCACUCAACUAUGGCGUUCUCUCUCGUUUUAUGCUGUGCCCGAGUUUCUACAGAAAUAUGUGUAGCAAGAUAAGACAAAAACAGCUUCGCUACCUUGACGUGUUGAUAGCAGUUGUAUACCCGUCUAAUUAAUAGACAAUAAAUACAGCUCACUAUUGAAGCAGUGAUUUACCAGUAAAUAAAGAUGUAUGAGUUCUAUCGCACCAUUACCAUCAGCCCUAAGGAUUGACGUGCCGCGCCUUCCAAGCGGAGUGUACACAGCGCUUAAGGAUACCUAUGGAGACUUGCUAGAAGCAGGAAACGAUGUAUCCUUGCAAUGGAUAGCCAACCAAUCGUGGAUUUACAGCACCAGCUUCAACAGCCAUGAAUUGGGUCACGACAGUCAUGCAAAUCUUACGCUCCACGGAAUCGAUACGGUUUCCAAGGUACACUUUAAUGGAGAGCUUCUUGGGGAGACGGACAACAUGUUUGUCCGCUAUUCCUUCACCAUUGGCCACUUGCUUUUGCCUAGCCCUAGCCAAAACAUCUUGGAGAUUGAGAUCCUUUCACCCCUACAGGAGGCAAGUAAGCGUGCUCGAGAACUUGAAGACUUGGGCGUCGUUACCGGGCCGAUUAGCUGCCCACGGGCUCGCGGCGAUGUCGAGUGCCAUCGAAAUCACUUACGCAAGAUGCAAAUGAGUUUCGGUGGCGAGUGGAAUCCAGCCGCACUUUCCUUAGGCAUAUGGAAACCAGUGGUAGUCGAAUACUAUGCAGUAGCCGUGUUUCGCGAUGUUGAAGUUGCCAUUAAACGAAACGAUUCUCACUGGUCGAUGGAUUGCCGCGCCUUCCUCAGCACACAUACAUCACAGGAUUUUUAUGCCCAACUGGUGGUUUAUGCCAAGGACCUAGACUAUAACGUUUCUCCUUGUUUUUUGGUUCUAAUCUUAUUGAAAGUAGAAAUUGGAAAAACCUUCUUUUUCCGGGUGAAUGGCCACCCCAUAUUCAUGAAAGGAGCGAACUAUGUACCAGCCCACACACUUCCGGAGUUAUCGGCUGAUGCUGAUGCGGUCACCUAUUUGCUUAAGGCCGCACACGAGGCCAACAUGAACAUGAUACGCGUUUGGGGUGGCGGCCUUUAUGAGUCGGAUACCUUCUACAACUUAGCGGACUUUUACGGGUUGUUGGUGUGGCAGGAUCUGGCGUUUUCCCAAGCUGCAUUCCCGCUAGCAAAUGACUUUGUAGCUUCUGUGUGCGUGGAGAUAGUACAGAAUGCACAGCGUCUUUCUUAUCAUCCCAGCUUAGCCCUAAUCGUUACCAACAAUGAGAUUAAGCUAUUUCUGGCGAACAACAAAUCUGAUUUUGGCGAAAAUGCCACCCGAACGGAGAGCGAUUAUAAAGCCUUCUUUAUUGACACAAUUAUUCCAAAGCUAAAAGUUAUCUCUCGAAAGGAUUUCAGCCGUCGCCCUGACCCCGUGGCCUCUACGCCUUCGCUAGGUGACCAGGAGUCUGGCAAAAACCUCUCCGACAACCCACAAAGUUUGAACUAUGGCGAUGUGCACUUUUGGGACGACAAGGGUUUUAGCCCUGAGACGUAUCCUCACGCUCGAUUCGUUUCGGAAUUCGGUUACGCUAGCCUUCCAAUAAAGUCCACGUGGCAACGGGCACUAGGGGAUUCCGCAGAUGAUGGCGACCAUGAAAUUGCAAGACUUAUUCGAAGCCGUCAGCACGAUCCUAAAGGAUUCAAUCCAAUACUCCAAUUAAUUGCCUAUCACCUUCCGUUUUUUCCGCAGAAUUGGGACGAAAAUAUCGAUAAGUUCAUAUAUUUUAGUCAAGUUGCACAAGCCAUGGCGACUAAAACAGCGAUGGAAGUGUUUCGUAGCCUUCGCACAGGAAACCAUACAAUGGGCGCUCUUAUAUGGCAGUUAAACGAUGUUUGGGUGGCUCCAACUUGGUCCUGCAUCGACUUCUACGGAAACCCUAAGCUAUUAUACUACUGGGCCGAGGAACUUUUAGCCCCAACAAGUGUUAUUGCUCUGUACGACAAUAACUCAUACAACCUCAAUAUCACGCUUACAAGGGAGGACUUCUCCGAGCAAAGGGACUCGCAGUUAUACUAUGUGCUGGUAAACACUUAUCUAUGGACGGACUUGAUUGCCAAGAAGACUGUAGCUCGCGCUUUUGUACUGGGCUCCAACAGCCUUGAGUUACGGCAAAUACCUUUGGAAUACUUGCUGUACGAAAAACAUUUGAAGGAAGAACUUUUUUUAGAAAUAAUUUUGGAGGACGAAUACGGCACCUCAGUGGCUAGAAACUUUUUUUACCCUGUGACCUUUAAAAAUAUUAUUGGCAUUAAAGAUCCAGAACUAACACUAGAGGUUACAGGUCAAGACUGCAAAGCGGCAACAUAUCCUUAUGCAAAUAGUUUUAGUUUGCGCAUCACUGUGAGAUAUCCGGCUCUACUUGUAUACCUUCAGCUAUCACAUCCGAAUUAUGUCAAGGAGCGGCACAAGUUCUCGGCAAAUGGCUUUACUCAAACCCAGCCACAAAAGACGAUUCACCUAGUGUUUGAAAGCGAUUUAGAGUGCAUGACUUUAACUACCGAUCACAUAAAAGUUCAAACGAUAAAUCAGUAUUUAAUAUGAACUAAGUUUUACUAAGUCAAAAUGGCUGCAUAUAUAAAA